UGGAGCUCUAGCCUUGUCGCUCCUUCCUGCUCACCAUAACAUCAUUAUACCCGGCCAGUCAUCUCCAUCACAGGGCGAUACAUUUUAAAUCUUUGCUAGUACCAAUUCGAGGUCAUGGACGACAAAUCUGCCGAGGUUCAAAGCCUCGUCCGAACCAUCCAGGUGCCUGCCAUCUCAAAGGCCAUCCUUCAGUCUAUUUGCGCCGUGAAUGGCAUCCCCAAGACGGGAAACAAAAGCGAGCUCCAGAGACGCAUCAUUCAGCAAAUCAACUCGUGCAGUGAUGCUCGGGACUGGGAACGACUCCAUGAAAUUCGUGAGAGCAUAGUAAAUCGGGCACCCAUUUAUGUGACCCCGUCACUUGUCUCGCAGUCGCAGUCGCAACCCCAACCGCAAUCACAAGUGUCGCAAGUAUCGCUCCGGUCACAGCCAAUACCACAACCAUCGUACUACCAGAGCUCCCGACCGCAGACACCUCCCAACUAUGCCAUGGGUUCAUACAACCAGCCAAGCUAUGGUGCGCUCAACGGGUUGAGAUCGCAAAAUCCCCCCUCGGUCGGGUACCAAAACCCGCCAACCGGGGCAGCCGCUCGACUGCGGCCGAAUGCCGGGUUAGUUGCGCCGGCCAUCGCCUACAAGUCAAGCCCGUUCUACGAGCUAAAGUACCAGGUCGGCGACGUCAAGACGCUGGAAGUGAUGGCGGCGCACCGCAACUCGGAGCGCGUCUCCAUCAAGGUCCAGGACCAUCCUGCUCUGCAGCUCUGCCUAACAGAUCGGACCAUGCGCGUCAUGGUCUUGUGUACCGCCGGCAACAUCGGCGUUCAGGAGAUUUCCUUUCCGUAUCAGUGCGAAUUGAAGGUGAAUGGUGGCGACAUCAAGGCAAAUCUGCGGGGUCUGAAGAACAAACCUGGGUCUACUAGACCAGUUGACAUCACCGACUCGCUGCGUCUGAGGCCUGCCAGUUACACCAAUAACGUUGAGCUCACCUACGCCCUGACUCAGAAGAAGUUUUACCUGGCCUUGAUCGUCUGUAAAUCUGUCCCCAUCGAUACGCUCGUCUCUCAGAUCCAGAAGAAAAUCCGAAAGGAGUCAGUUGUUGCUGAGAUCACGAAAAAGGCCAGCGACCCCGACGUGGUUGCGACAUCGCAAAAUCUAAGCCUCAAGUGUCCGCUAUCCUACAUGAGGCUCAAUCUGCCGUGCCGAGGUGUGAGCUGCAACCAUAUCCAGUGCUUUGACGCAACGUCAUACUUGCAACUACAAGAGCAGGGGCCUCAGUGGCUGUGCCCCAUCUGCAACAAACCCGCGCCGUUCGAGCAGCUGGCCAUCGACGAGUACGCCCGGCAGAUUCUGGCCAAGACUACCGAUGAAGUCGAACAAGUCACAAUCGAACCAAACGGCGAGUGGGCUAUUCCCGGUGCCAAAAAGGAAGAGACACCGAACCAUGAGGCUAGCUACGUCGACGACGACGAUGUCGUUGUCUCGCAAGUCACCAAGACGGCAGGGAGGGCCUCAAUAGCCCCGAGCCAAGCUGCCGCCUCUACACCACAUCUCGCGACCCCAACCAGCGUCGGAUCUCGGGACAACUCUGCGGCCCCUAGAUCGUCCAAAAAGCGGCCGGCUCCCGAGAUUAUCGAUCUGACGCUGUCGGACGACGACGAGCCACCGCGGCCGGUGAAGAGGUCAAACCACGGCAGCGGGUAUUCCACCGUCCCCUACUAGCGGCAGGGGGCUCCAAAGAAGCCUCGGCGCUAAGGUGACCUCUUGCGCCGGCAGAGAGUCGGGAAGUUCUUUUUCUUUUUUUUUUCUCCCAGACUUGGCCUCUUCGUUGUGCCAUAUUUUAGCAUUUGCACUUCUGGGCGGAAUGGCUAGGCAUCGGUAGGCGUUGAUGGGGGAUUGUCUAUAUUUUGUAAUUGCAAACAGGAAUGGUCGACGG